AUGGCUCAAAGCGGCGUCGUUUCCAAGACUUUGGAUCUGAUCUCAUCGUUCGGUCUUGAUACGAACAAGAGGAAGAACAGAGAUUGUGAUGAUGAGCCGAGGAGGAAGAGGCGAAGAGAGAUGGUGUUUUCGAGUACGGUGGAGAUGCCGGCGGCGCUGCGACAGAGGAUUGAAGCAAUGGGAGGCACCGACGUACAAUUAGUGACGCAGAAGCAAUUGCAAGAAAGUGAUCGGAAUAAGAACCAUGGCCGGUUGUUGAUUCCGACGAAGAAGCUGAUGAACGAUUUCGCGACGGAGGAGGAGGCGGAGUUGAUGAUGCAAGAAGAGGUUGAUCGGAGGAGGAGGAGGAGGAUCGGAAUGCAGGUGGCGAUAAUCGAUGCGGCGUUGAGAGAGAGCGUAAUUGGCUUGAAAUUGUGGAAGAUUGGGAGCGGCCAUAACUACUGCUUGGCGUCUCGAUGGAAUUCAUUCGCCGAACAAAACUCAUUGGAAAGUGGCGAUUACAUCCAACUCUGGAGUUUCCGAUCAAACAAUAAUGCUUUUAUAGUUAACGAUCACAGUCUCUGUUUCGCCCUCGUUAAGCUUGACAUCUCUGAGGGAAUUUUUAAUUUUAUUUGA